UCGGCCGAUAUUUUAUAGUCAGCCGAAUAACCGCUCGGUUCAGCGCUGCUCUGUAGUGAUCGCAUUCGCAUUUCGCUUGUGACGGAUAAGUUCUCUACGAGAAACGCGGUAGUCUUCGAUGACUUUCCGCCUCAACUAUUGCACCACUCAAACAGCUCGUUGUCGUAAUGUUGUUCACCUUCAUUUCCGAUGUACUAGAACAAUUUUAUCUGAUGCUUUUGCGGAUGCGAGGAUCCUGCUUUAUUGCUAAUCCGUGUUACUGACAUUAUGACUAAAUUUGCGUCGGAUGUUCGCACCCGAUUCAUUGUCGCCGUUUAGUUCUCCAGAGCUAGCGCUGAGCCCUGGAUACUGUCUGUGUUCGCGCUUCCCACAACAGACAAUAGCGCUGCUUCGUAUAGCUAACGUAUAGAAGAUAGUGUGUGUAGUUCCGUGUGUUCGAGCCGUAAUAAUUACAGUAAUUAUUAUAACAGUAGAGGAAGAGGUGGAAAUUGCAAGAAUCGCUAGCGGUAACGUGAUUUUUUGCUUGUGAUAUUUGCGCGCUGACGGAGCUGGCCUUAACCUCGCGACAGCUGAGGCUUCGCGAAGAGGCUGCGCGGGUUCGAAUCCUCAACCAGACGGACACCACAGGCUGCGUACGGCCUAAAUCAAACAAACUUAUAGUGCAAGUGUAACUAUGUGAGAGUAGUGCGUAUGGCCAGAAGUCGUAUGAUGAGGCAGAGUUAAGUUAUAGGGUAAAAAGUGAAUGCAGACGAGCCAGAAAGACGUGCCAGGCCAUCCUCAGACAUCGGACAUCACUCGUCGAACAUAGUAGUCGAAUCAUGAACAAUAUCAGCGUGAUCAUCGUCCGCUCGCGGGGCGACAGCGGAGAUACAAACAAAGGAACGAAACCGACUAAAAUAGAAAACUAGAAACUAAUGCUGGUGGCUGAUGCUAAGUAAACGUCUCGGAUCUUACGUUCGGUAUGGCCUUAAUUGAAAAUUACUUCAGAUUGCUGGUUUGAGACGCUGCAAAACAGCAGUUGAUACUGGGGUGCGUGAUACGAUGUGAUGCUGGUAAUUAUAGUGUUCAAUAUCAUAGUGACAUGGCUGCUGACUAUCGUGUCGCAGAUUUAACGCGCGAGGGGCACGUUUACUCGUCCAACUACAUCCGCCAUGUGUAGCGUGUAUUCUGUUCUAUCGACCGUACUACAGCGCACUGCACUAGUAGUAAACUGCAGUCUGCUCCCCCUAUAAACGAAGCCAAUAACAGGAUGGACAGCGACACAUGCAGGCAUUUUACGAUGCGCAUGGCUCGUGGUUACUGCCAGCAAAACAAGGAGCUGUGUUCAAUGGUGAACGUACACGCUUCGGUGCAAUGUAUCAUGCACAAACUGGAGAAGCGUCAAUACGAAUCGACUACUAUUGUGGUAUUGAUUAGUGGCAGGGCAUGGGGCCAUGGCGGCAUAUAUCCAAGCGUCGUCACAUCGUGCGAUGUGAUCGAUCGCCGACCCGAGCUGCUGAAAGCAGGAAACGCUUAGAAACCUAAAUGAGGAAGCUGGUGACGGUAAAUGUGCAGUGCAUAACGCACUAAGAUGACAUGUAGUUGCCAAUCGACUUGAUCAGAAGUUCUGUCCGAGAAAAAAGUCGAGGGUCGAAGGCGAGGCUGUUUGAUCUGAUUUAAUGGUGUCAUUACGUCGAUCCUUCGGUGUUGUGCAUGCUUAAAUUUUACAUGGCAGUGAUGCAAUCAGCCUAAGAAAAGCACAUAGAAAUAUGAGUAGCAAAUACAUUAUAGCUAUAGUGUUUUGUUGCGCAUUGCAGCACUUGCUGUGCCUCCUCUUGGCGGAGCUCGCUUGCGGCCGAUGUGCUCCAAUCGGUGCGUCCAUCGAUUACGUCAAUGUGAACUGGCGCUGCUUUCUGUGAUCUAUUCGUCUGAUCUGCUCAUCAUGUCUGUAAAUUUCUAUUCCUCUCUGUCUGAGUGGUGGUGUACAGUGUGAAAAGCCUUAGCCAAACUGGUGCGCUUAUUUUACAACAUGUGCCUCCUGUCUACAACGAAGGGCCGGGGGGCGUUAAUGCUAAGGUGGUGCUAGCGCUUAAACAUUAAGAACACAAUAGAAGUGGGCGCUUGUGCGGACAAUGAAAGGUUAGGUGCGCUAUUAAUAACAAUGACUUAUCUUCUGAGUAAGCUAUGUUCUAAACGCAGAGAAAUAAUCCGUUUUCGAAUCACGAAUCGCCAACGGAAUAGCCAGAGUUUUAAGGCUGGUGUGAGCGCACAUAAAAGACCGACCAAAGGGUAAAAAGACUAUUGAUCGACGCAAGUUCGUAGUACCUAACAUGUGCACGAAGGAUAGGUCGAAGCUGCACAUGAUGUGCAUCCAAAUCAACUUUGUUGAACGCCAGAAGCAAGGAGCGCAACGAAAAGCGUAAUACAAUGGCUGCUGGUUUUAUUAUCCAAGUGUUGUUAUAAUGAGGCACGCCGUAACGUUUAUCCGCGCAUGCUACAGUGCACUGAACCGACCAGGAUAGUACCACAACAUCAAACAGUCAUUAAGAGUAAUUCGCGGUCCUUAAGCGAAGAGGAUUCGAGCCCUAGGAUGUAUUGCUUCACUUCUGACUAGAAACUGUGCUCUAUCAUUGUUUGCCUUAGAGUGCAGCCUCUGAAUGUUUCUUUUGGCGUUUUCGUUUGUCGCACAAUAAGACUGCAACUGCGAGACCAAAUGUGAGUCACACAAUGCGUUGAGGCGGGGUCACCCCCGCGGACUCCGUGCGACUCACAGCAAAGUUGAUCGUCUCAUCGCUCGAUUGCACUGGCUGAAACGGAUCUAUCGCGUCGUGCAGAGCACAUUGACGAGGAUGUCUGCCCCCGGAGCUGAAACACCUGCCACGGCACCGUACAACAGCAACGCUAGCCUAGCAUCGGCGCUCGUUUGAUGGGAGAGGUCGAAAAAGCUGACUGAAGAUGCGGAUUAACAUAAGCGUCCGAAGUGCACGAAGAAAGCCAACACCGGAGUAUACCACCAUGCCACAUUAGAACAACGUUGGAAUGUAGGGUAUAUCCAGGCGAACGAAACUGGCGAAAGAUAACGAUACAAGUGUGAAUCGUAACACACAAACAUGACUGCAAUUGUGUCAACGUUAUUAAAAAGGCAAAAACAAUUGAAACUGGUCAAAGGUAGCGAUUUUGUGGUGCUCCGGAGCAAUGACUACUAUCGUUUUGAGCAUUGGGUGGCGUGUAUGUGGAUGUGAAUGCUUGUACUAGUGAUUGAUUAGCUUCAGUGUUACGAUGAAGUGGGUCGGAAAAAGGUGAACAUGGGAGUUGUGUUUGGGCAUUAGCGCAAACGCAAGAUGGCUUUGAUCAACCAGCAGGCUAAAUAGGCAGGCCCGCAAGUCAAUAGAAGCCUUUAACAUCAACCAAGAUCGGCAUUGAGACGAAAAAGAAUGCCAACUCGGAAUUGUCGUGGCUAAUUUCUAAGCCCGCAGUCAACACGGCAGGACUGUGCUAUUCACUGCUCGGCCAUUUCUCGGGAAACAUUCUCAGUGGACGACGGUCAACGCAACCGGCGAACACAGUCACCGAGGCGUUACUAUGAAGCGGAUGCAUUUCUCUUCGAAAGGCCACAUAGAUGUGUCAACGCUACUCGAUGGAGAAGCUAAACGUACCGCUGCCUGGUCGACAGACCGGAUCAACGGAAUGGGUCUCAAGGAAACGAAAAAAAAAUAGUCAGCCUUUAUCACGUGUGGAUUUGUCCUAAUAAUGAAACCUGAACCUUUUCCGACGUUUCUUCUAAGACUCAAUUUGACAAAGCUCGUACAAUUUCAGGAUUCUGAAUGAAUUUACCCUAGCGAAGUUAGCUCGUGCGGUCAGGCGAUAGGACACCCCACGUUGAAAACAAGAUGACCAGCUAGAUGAAGGUACGACAAACGAUAUCGAAUGGAAGCUUAUUCAUUGUGUGCCAAAAUCAUAAUCGUAUAUUUCUGGAUUUAAUAACAUCGAACUUUGUGAUUUCCAGGCGUGCUGCCUGCUUCUUCAGCGCCACGUAGCCACGUAGCGCGAGGAAGCGGAAUAUCUAAUAUCUUGCUCUUUUUGUCUUUUCGUUUAGCAGACAGAUGUUCAUGCGACAAAGCACCGUUCACGGUCUGAUAAACGCCAGAAUUUCUCGUAGCACUUAGUUGACGGCGACCCUAUCGUGCCAAUCGAUGGGGUGACUACGUAACGCCUAAAUGCAACUCGAUGCGUCGUAAUGGGCAGCUAAAUAGUGCACACUCUGUCGCGAUGCCGGCCCAGCUUCUCGACAACACCAUUUCUUAAUCUAGUCUUCCAUUUUUCUUUGUCUUAGCCCUCAGUUCCCUUUCAGCAAACAGGACGUAAGGCUUGACUAUGAUUUGACCUCAGACAAUUGCCCCGGCAAAAAUGCAUCUAACGUAGACUCACAUCUUCCUAUCAGCAAAGUUUCGGACCGAUCUUGGAUCAUAACCUUUUCCUUUAUCGCCUUCUUUGUUGUGAACCGUUUUGUUGCAGGAUGCGUGACGGUGUGGGACAGGGGAGACUUGGAGAUGCUUGCAAUAGAUACUGCUGUUUCUCACCGUGAUGAUAACGUAUCUCACGAUGAUCGUUGGCCAGUCAAACGUCAAUUCCGUCAAUCCGACGUUAAUUUGGCCCGCUAAGGCAGACUCAUCAACUGGUCCGGCAUCACCUACACUCCCGACCGGAAACGGUCUUUCACUCGUUCCCGUUUCGUCAAAACCGAGCCACCAUUCAGCUUUCUCAGCAGGACUGGAUCUGAAGCCAUCUAUGGAGAUCAUACCGGCCCCUUCGUUGACCGUCGCUGGGGCGCCAUUGCAUCACGCUAGCCAGCUGUUAAAUGGAGGAAGUCUUCACGCAGCUCUCGCUGGAGCAAACGGCAACACAGGCGGGGGUAGCAGCAGCGCCGCCGGUGGUGGCGGGCCUCUCAAUGGGGGCGCCAUCGUGUCGGCUGUCUCAAGUAGCCCCGUACCCCCUGCCUCAAGUGGCUCCAGUACCGGUGAUUCGCCUCCUAAUCCGCUCGAGCUAUUCCGACGCAUCCAUGAGCUUAGCUUGUCCCAGAAAUUGAUGCUGUUCGGCGCUGCGGCAGGAGCCCAGGGCCCGCCGUUGAGUACGCAUCCAGGUCAUCACCCCGCGACUCACCGGGCACCCCUCAUGGACUCGCCGAUUUCGUCCGGCAAGCCAGCCGGCAGGUACCGAUGCGAGUUCUGUGACUAUCACGCUGUAACGCCGAGCCAUCUUCGCAGGCACCAGAGGACGCAUACUGGCGAGAGGCCCUACGAGUGUAACAUCUGUAGCCGUCGCUUCACCCAGAAGCCAUCGCUCAAGAGUCACCUGUCCACCCAGCACGGAAUCUCGUAAGAUAGCGCACGCAUGCCAUCCAGCGCCAAGAUUGUCUAGCGACGAAAUUGGCAUCUCCAACGGCAAGGUCAUCCGUUACCACUACUUCUUCUAACGAAACAUUUAGCGUUACCCGUUUGUACAAUUUGCCAUGCGCUCACGCUGGGGUCGUUGAGGCUACAGAUAAGCGCAGUGAAGGAACCGCCUUGGCUUGUGUACACGGAUUGACUUUGCGGCUAGUGCAGCCUACCUCUCAGCCAGGUUUAACGAUAGAUGCUCCUUGCGACCAUUGUACCGUAUUCGUACAUGUGUAUCUUCCUCUAUUUCAAUCAGUAAAAACAGAUUUCAACGUAUUCCUCCGCUCGACAUCCACCCCCGAUUGAAACCAAUCGACGACCGAACCGACCGCAGAUUGGGUUCUAAUAUUGCAGUUCGCUGGGUAAACCCGUUACAUUCUAUCUCUGCCGCUGAUUGAACUGCGAGCGAUGGAACCGAUUUCACAAUAACAAUAUGCAAAUCGCUUACGUUGCGUCCUGGCUUCGGGGCCAUUGAGAACAACGGCCAGAAUAUCGAAUCUCUACGGGAUGACCCAUGUUUGUUGCUGAUUUAGACCUGAUCUUUCUGCACGCAGAGCUGAUGUGCUCGAUGCUGUUUAGGUGCAGGUUGUUGGCCUGAUUUCGGCCGGCGGGUCGUGGUGCGGAUUUGCUGUAUACGCUGAAAUGUUCCGGUCGCCUGUCCUCGCACAAGCGACCUCGUACUACUACUACUACUACUACUACUACUACUACUACUACAACUACUACUACAACAACUACUACUACUACUAC